GUUAGUUUCGUGGUGUUGGACGAGGUGAUGGAAAAGUCAAUGCGUCGUGUAAACUAUUGAAGUCUGUAGCUUCUUGUAGGUAAAAGAUUGAAGUCUUCUAUUUUUAAUAAGAUCAUGGCUUCCGACGACACUACGAAAUCGGUGGCGAACGGCCGGUUCGCUAAAUGGAAUCGACGUGGAAAUUUAUGGCGCAUUAUUCUUUACACAUAAUCUAUCGACUACGUCAUGACGUUGGUAGUAAGUAGUUACCAAGCCUUAGAUCUAUUGAUAACUCUGGCAAUAAUUAAGUAUCCUCCUCCCAUAGCAGGACUGUUAUGAGUUUUCCCCCUUUCUCUGAGGUGUGCUGCAAAUCUAGACUGGCUUCUUCCUUUACAUGAGGUUGAGGCUUAGGCCCAGCGGCGCUCAAAGCACUAAAUAAAACAACCGGUUAGUUUUUGCCUCUAGCGUUUAGCCCUUCCAGCAAUUAAUAAUUCUUCGUUCCUCUUGACACAUAAAAAUCUUCUUGACAGCACAUAAUCCUCAUCAACCUCUCUUGCCACCAGGCACAUCAAUCAGUCGAUCAGUCUUAUCAGCCUCCUCAUCUAACAAACGGAGCAGCCGAAGAAGAGAAGGAGCCGCUUGUGAAGUCUGGCGACCAGAUUAUAGAUCCCUUCGCAGGUAGAGAAAACGAAACAAAAUGUUGCUUAAGAAUAUUAAAUAAUAUAAGUUAGAAGAUGUUGAAAUGGAAUUCGGAGGCUCAAAUCCAUUAGACCAUAUGGAUAAGGAGGGCACAUGACAUGACAUGACGCCAAGAACUCAACUUUCGUAGAUUGGUAAACUGUAGCAUUAAUUACAACUUCAACUUGGCACAAGAACUUUUAGAACAGUCGUGGUUCUCUCUCUUUCUUAUUCUAGAUUUUAUCUUGAUGAGAGAACACAACAACAGGAACAGGUCGAACGAUCGAGUACUUCAUGUGACAGAUGAACAAGAUUACUCUUUAUUCCUUUCUCUCUUUCUUAUUCUGUAGAUUUUAUGAAAAGGAGAAGGAACACAACAACACGGGAGUCCAUCUAGUUAAAUAAGAUACGAGAGAGCUGCAAGGCCACCACCCUCUCUACCUCUCAUUCUACAUAAGUGUGAGAGAAUACAAAUCAGCGAUAGUGUGAAUGAGCAUGGAUGGUUUUCUUUCUCGCUCUCUCUAAUUCUGAAUUUUCUUUUUCUGUGUUCUACAAUAGCUGCAAGGAAGAAGACACUCUCUCUGUCUCGUUCUAAACUUUUUUCCUAUAGGUAGCCAGUCAUAUUGACUGACAUAGAUUAUACUUGAAGAAGAUAUAAUACAACAUAUACCUUGCAAGAAUAGCAAGACCUUCUGUCGGUCUCCCUUUCCUAUUUCUCACCUCCGAUUUUUCGUCUCCCCUUCUUUCUUAGAGCCUAUCAACUUAACAUUAUUACCUGAAGGUUGCGGUGCAGCGACAGCGUCCGAUAAGAAGGAGGAUGGCCUACGCGGUUGUCGCAGGCUUGUGCCAGUCUUCGCGUGCCUUGCCGUUGGUGUCUUAUGUUGUGUAUUUUUAGCUUAUUUCCACGGGUCACAAAGGAGCCAGGCAGUUACUCGUAGCUGCUACGUGGUUCGAAUGAGUGAGUCAAUGUUCUUUCCCUGUCUCUUCAUUCAUCUUCUCCUUUCCUCUUUUUAACUCUGGCACUCUCAUCCAAACUUCACUGAAGAGUCCUCUAUAACAGUUUCCUAGCGCUACCUACUAAUAUGCUGUUCCUGUUAGCUUCUUUCGUCUUUUCAUAGCGAAGCUGUUAGCUAAUCUUGAAGUAUUGGAAUAGUAAAAAUAUUAAUAUUAUGUAUUUUUAUUUUUCUACUAGACUCGGUUAUAUUCGCUGACCUUACCUAGGUCACCCAUCAUCCUCGAAGGCGAGCAUGUGCCCGUGAGGCUCGCUGAGAAGGAUUCACAACCUAACCUAACCUAGACUCGUUAAUAACCAAGUCUGAUUUAUAAGUAAUCAAGACUAGAAGAUGACUAAUGGUAUCAAUGCGCGCCCUACAACCUUCAUCUUUCUCAGAUAUACCUUAGUCCACCUUCCACCAGGACAUUAAACAACGACCUCCUCUCCUCUUUGUUGGACUGACCCCCAGAAUGGGGGUAUCUAUACUACUAUCUAAUACAACUCCUGCUGCUACUAUUUAGUCUCAAAAUGGAAGGGUGGUCCUCAAUUCUCUAAGCCGGUCUCGUCUUGCCGGUAGUUUAGGAUGACUACUUCUUGAGACGUGUAGUCGAAGAUGAUUAGCCUGUCAUAACUGUUUUUUCCUGCCUGCAUGAGGCUAGUAGUACUGAAUGGGACAGGUCGCAGUCUUCUUUUCUGGCUGUUCAGUAGCCAACGAUGUCUGCUAGUUUUCCUAGUGGGCCCACACCUAACCUAACCUGGGACACCGUGAGCAUGAUGACAACCUUAACCUCAAGCCUAUUGUUACUGCUCUAAUGCUAAUCGGGAUCGGUCAUUUCCUUUUUUAUGGUUGGUCUGGACUCCCGAAUCCGAGGACGAGUUUUGGCACUGAUGUCAAAGAAAGUUAUGGCUUGCGCUACUUGGCGUUCAUAUUCACUGAAGACUAAAGAAAUUAAGAGAGUCUGAAAGUAAGAGAAGGACUAAAUGGUUAAAGUUUGGGUUUCCUUUUCUUAUUUCUCUCAGCGAUUCUUACUAUAGAAGGUGCAAGGGAAAAGAACUCGGCUAAGUACUAGUAGCUCUUCUGACUAUGUAUAGGCGUUAAGUCAACUAAGAACUGCACAAAAACGGCCACUAUUGUCGCCUCCUCGUCCUGGAAGUGCUCCGCUUAGCGGCUUUUGCAACUUGCUUCCUCUUGGUUUUUCUGUCUUUUGGUUUCGUUUCAUGUGAUUCCCCGCGCCCCUCCAGAGUCCACCGCACCAGCCUGCAAAUGUAUGCUGGGGGAUUCUGGAGGGGCGCGGGGAUUUGGAGGGCGCCCGAGGUUCUUGGCUCGCAAUUGGGUGAGGGUUUUCCAGAAGGGAGCGCAGUAGGCGGCGAGUGUUCUGCGGAUUCGUAUCAUGCCCGAGAAGAUUGAAUUUUGUCCGGAUUUUUGCAGUCCUUAGUUGAAUUUUCUCCAUUCUAACUCCACUUGUCUGUGGUCGAAUUUUUCGCCAUAAUCGGAAAGGUUUGAGACACUCCGCCCGAGGUUCUUCGUUCUUGGGUCUUUUCAUGUUGUUAAGUGUUGGACUUUUGACCACCCGGCGCCCCGAAGCUCUCGCGCCGGGUGGGAUUAGUUACAAAGAGAAGCGACGCGCUGCCGCCUUCAAAUGGUCAGACCACUCACGCGCGCCGCCGUUUGUGCGCAGAUUGUCGGGGGGGUUUGCUGGCGUUGUUCGCACUCUUUUGAAGUAUUUCAGCGGGGAAGUUUGCGGGGGUUUCGCCAGAAUUGAAUAAACCUCUCUAUUGUUUGCCGCUUUCCUGCUCGCUAGGCCAUUUUUGAUGAAAAAAGUGAAAAGAUGUCUUCAGAUUUUUUUCCAAAAAUGGCCUUGCGAGCAGGAAAGCGGCAAACAAUAGAGAGGUUUAUUCAAUUUCGUGGCAUUUCUCAAGAAGGGCUGGACCGGUUGCCGCUUGAGUUCCAAAGGGCUCGCGCCUCCUCUUUUUGUUAAGUUUCGAUGGUGUGGCGUGCUCGCUGUGCCUCUGGUGCUUCCGCAGAUGGCUGAUUAGAAUGGCGCUAAGUCAACUAAGAACUGCACAAAAACGGUCACUAUUGUCGCCUCCUCGUCCUGGAAGUGCUCCGCUUAGCGGCUUUUGCAACUUGCUUCCUCUUGGUUUUUCUGUCUUUUGGUUUCGUUUCAUGUGAUUCCCCGCGCCCCUCCAGAGUCCACCGCACCAGCCUGCAAAUGUAUGCUGGGGGAUUCUGGAGGGGCGCGGGGAUUUGGAGGGCGCCCGAGGUUCUUGGCUCGCAAUUGGGUGAGGGUUUUCCAGAAGGGAGCGCAGUAGGCGGCGAGUGUUCUGCGGAUUCGUAUCAUGCCCGAGAAGAUUGAAUUUUGUCCGGAUUUUUGCAGUCCUUAGUUGAAUUUUCUCCAUUCUAACUCCACUUGUCUGUGGUCGAAUUUUUCGCCAUAAUCGGAAAGGUUUGAGACACUCCGCCCGAGGUUCUUCGUUCUUGGGUCUUUUCAUGUUGUUAAGUGUUGGACUUUUGACCACCCGGCGCCCCGAAGCUCUCGCGCCGGGUGGGAUUAGUUACAAAGAGAAGCGACGCGCUGCCGCCUUCAAAUGGUCAGACCACUCACGCGCGCCGCCGUUUGUGCGCAGAUUGUCGGGGGGGUUUGCUGGCGUUGUUCGCACUCUUUUGAAGUAUUUCAGCGGGGAAGUUUGCGGGGGUUUCGCCAGAAUUGAAUAAACCUCUCUAUUGUUUGCCGCUUUCCUGCUCGCUAGGCCAUUUUUGAUGAAAAAAGUGAAAAGAUGUCUUCAGAUUUUUUUCCAAAAAUGGCCUUGCGAGCAGGAAAGCGGCAAACAAUAGAGAGGUUUAUUCAAUUUCGUGGCAUUUCUCAAGAAGGGCUGGACCGGUUGCCGCUUGAGUUCCAAAGGGCUCGCGCCUCCUCUUUUUGUUAAGUUUCGAUGGUGUGGCGUGCUCGCUGUGCCUCUGGUGCUUCCGCAGAUGGCUGAUUAGAAUGGCGCUAAGUCAACUAAGAACUGCACAAAAACGGUCACUAUUGUCGCCUCCUCGUCCUGGAAGUGCUCCGCUUAGCGGCUUUUGCAACUUGCUUCCUCUUGGUUUUUCUGUCUUUUGGUUUCGUUUCAUGUGAUUCCCCGCGCCCCUCCAGAGUCCACCGCACCAGCCUGCAAAUGUAUGCUGGGGGAUUCUGGAGGGGCGCGGGGAUUUGGAGGGCGCCCGAGGUUCUUGGCUCGCAAUUGGGUGAGGGUUUUCCAGAAGGGAGCGCAGUAGGCGGCGAGUGUUCUGCGGAUUCGUAUCAUGCCCGAGAAGAUUGAAUUUUGUCCGGAUUUUUGCAGUCCUUAGUUGAAUUUUCUCCAUUCUAACUCCACUUGUCUGUGGUCGAAUUUUUCGCCAUAAUCGGAAAGGUUUGAGACACUCCGCCCGAGGUUCUUCGUUCUUGGGUCUUUUCAUGUUGUUAAGUGUUGGACUUUUGACCACCCGGCGCCCCGAAGCUCUCGCGCCGGGUGGGAUUAGUUACAAAGAGAAGCGACGCGCUGCCGCCUUCAAAUGGUCAGACCACUCACGCGCGCCGCCGUUUGUGCGCAGAUUGUCGGGGGGGUUUGCUGGCGUUGUUCGCACUCUUUUGAAGUAUUUCAGCGGGGAAGUUUGCGGGGGUUUCGCCAGAAUUGAAUAAACCUCUCUAUUGUUUGCCGCUUUCCUGCUCGCUAGGCCAUUUUUGAUGAAAAAAGUGAAAAGAUGUCUUCAGAUUUUUUUCCAAAAAUGGCCUUGCGAGCAGGAAAGCGGCAAACAAUAGAGAGGUUUAUUCAAUUUCGUGGCAUUUCUCAAGAAGGGCUGGACCGGUUGCCGCUUGAGUUCCAAAGGGCUCGCGCCUCCUCUUUUUGUUAAGUUUCGAUGGUGUGGCGUGCUCGCUGUGCCUCUGGUGCUUCCGCAGAUGGCUGAUUAGAAUGGCGCUAAGUCAACUAAGAACUGCACAAAAACGGUCACUAUUGUCGCCUCCUCGUCCUGGAAGUGCUCCGCUUAGCGGCUUUUGCAACUUGCUUCCUCUUGGUUUUUCUGUCUUUUGGUUUCGUUUCAUGUGAUUCCCCGCGCCCCUCCAGAGUCCACCGCACCAGCCUGCAAAUGUAUGCUGGGGGAUUCUGGAGGGGCGCGGGGAUUUGGAGGGCGCCCGAGGUUCUUGGCUCGCAAUUGGGUGAGGGUUUUCCAGAAGGGAGCGCAGUAGGCGGCGAGUGUUCUGCGGAUUCGUAUCAUGCCCGAGAAGAUUGAAUUUUGUCCGGAUUUUUGCAGUCCUUAGUUGAAUUUUCUCCAUUCUAACUCCACUUGUCUGUGGUCGAAUUUUUCGCCAUAAUCGGAAAGGUUUGAGACACUCCGCCCGAGGUUCUUCGUUCUUGGGUCUUUUCAUGUUGUUAAGUGUUGGACUUUUGACCACCCGGCGCCCCGAAGCUCUCGCGCCGGGUGGGAUUAGUUACAAAGAGAAGCGACGCGCUGCCGCCUUCAAAUGGUCAGACCACUCACGCGCGCCGCCGUUUGUGCGCAGAUUGUCGGGGGGGUUUGCUGGCGUUGUUCGCACUCUUUUGAAGUAUUUCAGCGGGGAAGUUUGCGGGGGUUUCGCCAGAAUUGAAUAAACCUCUCUAUUGUUUGCCGCUUUCCUGCUCGCUAGGCCAUUUUUGAUGAAAAAAGUGAAAAGAUGUCUUCAGAUUUUUUUCCAAAAAUGGCCUUGCGAGCAGGAAAGCGGCAAACAAUAGAGAGGUUUAUUCAAUUUCGUGGCAUUUCUCAAGAAGGGCUGGACCGGUUGCCGCUUGAGUUCCAAAGGGCUCGCGCCUCCUCUUUUUGUUAAGUUUCGAUGGUGUGGCGUGCUCGCUGUGCCUCUGGUGCUUCCGCAGAUGGCUGAUUAGAAUGGCGCUAAGUCAACUAAGAACUGCACAAAAACGGUCACUAUUGUCGCCUCCUCGUCCUGGAAGUGCUCCGCUUAGCGGCUUUUGCAACUUGCUUCCUCUUGGUUUUUCUGUCUUUUGGUUUCGUUUCAUGUGAUUCCCCGCGCCCCUCCAGAGUCCACCGCACCAGCCUGCAAAUGUAUGCUGGGGGAUUCUGGAGGGGCGCGGGGAUUUGGAGGGCGCCCGAGGUUCUUGGCUCGCAAUUGGGUGAGGGUUUUCCAGAAGGGAGCGCAGUAGGCGGCGAGUGUUCUGCGGAUUCGUAUCAUGCCCGAGAAGAUUGAAUUUUGUCCGGAUUUUUGCAGUCCUUAGUUGAAUUUUCUCCAUUCUAACUCCACUUGUCUGUGGUCGAAUUUUUCGCCAUAAUCGGAAAGGUUUGAGACACUCCGCCCGAGGUUCUUCGUUCUUGGGUCUUUUCAUGUUGUUAAGUGUUGGACUUUUGACCACCCGGCGCCCCGAAGCUCUCGCGCCGGGUGGGAUUAGUUACAAAGAGAAGCGACGCGCUGCCGCCUUCAAAUGGUCAGACCACUCACGCGCGCCGCCGUUUGUGCGCAGAUUGUCGGGGGGGUUUGCUGGCGUUGUUCGCACUCUUUUGAAGUAUUUCAGCGGGGAAGUUUGCGGGGGUUUCGCCAGAAUUGAAUAAACCUCUCUAUUGUUUGCCGCUUUCCUGCUCGCUAGGCCAUUUUUGAUGAAAAAAGUGAAAAGAUGUCUUCAGAUUUUUUUCCAAAAAUGGCCUUGCGAGCAGGAAAGCGGCAAACAAUAGAGAGGUUUAUUCAAUUUCGUGGCAUUUCUCAAGAAGGGCUGGACCGGUUGCCGCUUGAGUUCCAAAGGGCUCGCGCCUCCUCUUUUUGUUAAGUUUCGAUGGUGUGGCGUGCUCGCUGUGCCUCUGGUGCUUCCGCAGAUGGCUGAUUAGAAUGGCGCUAAGUCAACUAAGAACUGCACAAAAACGGUCACUAUUGUCGCCUCCUCGUCCUGGAAGUGCUCCGCUUAGCGGCUUUUGCAACUUGCUUCCUCUUGGUUUUUCUGUCUUUUGGUUUCGUUUCAUGUGAUUCCCCGCGCCCCUCCAGAGUCCACCGCACCAGCCUGCAAAUGUAUGCUGGGGGAUUCUGGAGGGGCGCGGGGAUUUGGAGGGCGCCCGAGGUUCUUGGCUCGCAAUUGGGUGAGGGUUUUCCAGAAGGGAGCGCAGUAGGCGGCGAGUGUUCUGCGGAUUCGUAUCAUGCCCGAGAAGAUUGAACUUUGUCCGGAUUUUUGCAGUCCUUAGUUGAAUUUUCUCCAUAAUUUAGAGAAAUCUAUUAGUUAGUAUAUUUAUGUUGAGACAAAAUAAAACAGAUAAGCAUCGCGUUUGUUGUUGCCAGCGUCAUCAGCUAGAGAGCCUCACUCAGCCAGAGAAUAGAGGAACAUCUUGGCAUGGGGGGGGAAUCAAAUACAUUGUUGCAUUUAAUAUUGAACAAAGACUGACAAUGACUAGUACGCACCAAGAUGCUUACAUUUUUUUCAGGAAAGUCGAUGGGUUCGUCAGUUUAUGGCAAUCGUAAGGCUCUUUUCGGGAACAGAUGAGUUCUGAUCGUGAGUAGCUCUAAACGAUGCAGUUGGCUAAAGAAGCCUCGUCCACGUUUAACGAGGAUGCAUCCAAUAGCUUCCAAGAGAUGCAUGCGGCAACCACAAACGAUACAAAUAGUACUACAGGGGAUGUUCUUAUUAAUCUUAUCUCGUCUCGCGUUGUAACAGUGACUAUGUUCUCUCUCAUCCUACAGGUAAGACAGUGACUAUGGUCUUUAAUACCCCUCAUGCGCAUUUCUCUGCUUGUUGACGCAAUUCCUUAUAUAAUUCAAAUUCUCUUAUUCAAAAAAUACAUGAAUAUUCCAAAAGUGAGCAAGGGAGAGACUUGGACAGCCAACUUGUUAUACGUUGCCGCGUACAACUUGGCUGUGAACGUACAACUUGGCUGUGCUUGAUCGACAACAUAACCUAUGGUCGUCAAUCACAGAAACAGACAAAAGAAGAGCUUCUACGACCACAUAGUUUUCAUUUUUCAGAAAGGGGAAGUAAUAAAAUACAGUCAAGGGCGUCUCUCGAUAUAUUACAUCAUCAUUUUGGACCUAGAGGGGCGGCAGUAGCAGCUGCAGGGAGGUCGGUGCCCUGCGGAGGCGAUCUGAUUGAUUGUGUGGCUGGACCUACUCUACCACAAAAAAUAGAUCGUUGUUAGAAACGAAGUGUAGUACUAGUAUGCGGUUCAUCUGUGCUAGAGGUUGACUCCAACGUUACCUAUCCCAGCGACAAUGAAUAUUACAAAGAAAACGAAGGGGUAGCGCCCCUCUUUUUUCUUUGCAAUAUUCAACCGAUCCUUGAUGCUCUAACUACGGACCGUACCACGUAAUUAGAGCAUCAAGGCUAGAUUUAGAUUUUUUCAUUUACCAUUCUUUCAAGGAUGACCGAUUCUUUUUCUCAAGAAGGAUUGAUCCGUGACCAUGAUGACCUUCUUUGAAAAGGGCAAGGACGACAUCUGAUUCUUUCUUACCUAGUUGGUUUGUUACACUCUGGAAUGUCAGACUUCGUUCCUAUGGUCAUUCAGAAUAUUUGCAUGAGGGACGCACGCGUGACAUCUGAAGAGUGCUGUGCUGUGCCCUUUAUCAGCUUAGUCACUUUCUAUCUUGAAAUCUAGAUGGGCUAGCAAACGAUAACUUCCCGAGGUAGCAGUACAAAUAAUUUUGAAAUAAGUCCUCUUAUUCGCAGGGGGAGAAAUGAUGAGCCGAUACGUCGUGAAGAUAGCAGUUGCAUAAACCAGGUCACGAGGUUACAUAACAUCGUUAGCUGACAUACCCCCGGAAUGGGUGCAUUCGUUCACUCAUUCACCAUCACUCAUAGUAUGAAGAUCUUAAGCUAAAGUGUGACACUUUUUGAUCCUCGCGCUGAUUCCUGUGGCUUCUAUCCUAGUGUCUCGCUCACUCAGGUAGUUCUGUCAUACCAUGGAGACGGAGUUCGUUUCGCGGGACCAGGAAGAGAAAUUUGGAGAACGAGCCUGCCUGUCCAUAUGUUACGAGUCAUAUAUAUUGAUUCCAAUUCGUAGACUGCGGUCGCCACUGAGGCAUCAAUAUCAAAUUAUCCUCUGGGGUCUGCGUCUGGUCUGUGUAUUUUUUAUUUUUGCGUUGGUCCCUCUGAAGAUUCGUUCCUUGAUCUUUGUCACUAAUUCGGACUGCCACUGCCUUUACCGGAUUUAUGCAGGGUGCUUGAUAAAGUUUAGUAAUGGGCGGGCUUUGCUUUUUGAUUGUUAUACCAAUGUAGUAGAAGUUGACAAGAUUACACUAGUUUGCUCUUGGUGUUGGUAUCCAAAGGGUCAGGCUCGCUAGGAUCUACAUCCAUUGUUGUUUGUUCUUAAGUAGGGCCUUUCGUUCCCAAGGAGGUAUCGUUCGUAGAUAACCGAGAACUAAUCGCCGUCUUUCUUAAAGUGUUCUAGUACUCCAAGAGGGCCUCACGCCAUGGGCAAGGGGCUUAGUAGUUUGUCAUCGUCCUACUUAUAGAUCGACAAUCUCUGUCCCGAUGUCGUCCUCGUACAAAGGAAACCUCUCAACCACUAAGUAUCCUUUUUUGCGUGUUGGUGUUACUUAGCUAUUCUGAAGAGACCAGAUGUCCUCUGCAGACAUGAGGACCGUGAGGAAGAUCGAUAUCCUCAAAAAAGUGGGAUUCUGGAUGAUCAUACAGGGCGCGAUGUGCGGGAUCCGUAUGAGCCUGACCUUAUUCCCCUAAUACUACUUAUCCAAAAGCGGAGGACUUACUAGAAGUCAUCUAACUUCAUCUAACUUCAACCGGAGCGCUGAGCUGGAGCAGUGCCGCACGGAGCUGAACAAAUCGAGCACAAGUUUGGCACAGACUACGCAUCAGCUGAAGGAUUACGGCUCCUUUCCCCAAUUCACCUUUUCUAUUGAAAGCAUCUUCCCGAAUUCAUCUUUGGCGAGGUUUCCAAUGAAUGACUGACGCAUAUUCGCCGGGGGAUACAGGUUCGCUUAUACAGGAUCGCUUACCCUGUGAAAGUUAGGCCUAUUUCUAUCCUAUCUCAAAGCAUUUUAUUUCGUAAAAGAUUUGUGAAAACCAACACUUUAAACUAGUGAGUGUUAGAAUCCGCAUCAGCGUGGAUGAGAACAAUAAUCAAUGAUAAUAAUUCAGAUGAGUACCUCAAAGAUGCGCAUAUGAAUAACCAAGGUGCGAAUAUGAGUAACACAUACACAGGCCUCAUGUUCUCAAGUGCAACGGGAGGAAGAAUGACGCAUGAAGAUCUCCCAACUAGAAUAGCACCUCUACCCCGUGACUGGGUACACCACUACUACUGCAACUACUACUACGAGUGAGGCCCUCUAAGGAAAGUGCGAAGCAACUCUGAAUGCGACGAAGCUACAGGGUAGAAUGGGCUUGAUGAACACGACGCCGCGACUUGGUGCGCGACAUAAUCAGGAGUCCGGUUGGAACGCGACCGCGCGAAUUUUAUUGCCACGGAUAUGUAAAUAAAUUCACACUUUGCUAGGCACAUGUAUGCGAACCAGACAACUAGCAGUGUUCAUAUUGAGCCCAUACAUGCCUCAGUUUGUAAUUGAGGAAGCGACUCCUGAUGAUAAAUGUUGUCAAUUUUUUUGAAAUGUCAGAUUCAUCCCGUGGUCGCGUGGCCUGUGGCCCUAAGUGGAUAGAGGUAGCUCCUACUGCUCCCCCUAUGUUGUAUCAUCUAAGUAGGCACUUCUAAAGGUGCUGGAGAUUGACGUGAUCAGCUUACUACAAGUAGAGAUCAUGAUGACCCAAGCACCACUUCUACGAUAGGGAAACUAUACCGCAGAGUAGCUCCACGUAACAGUACGUAGUUGCCCCUUCAUGUUGUCCCUUCCCCUCCCUUGAACUAUCUGACGCUAGACUUAUUGCUAGUGAGGAGACCACUUUCUUAAUCUCACACGAAAACAAAUAGGCUAUUUCUACUAAGCCACUUACUUGUCCUUAUUUUACUGCGUUUUCUUAUCAGACCUGAAGCUAAUGUACAAGAUGACCAUGAUAUACUUUUAGUGAUUGUCGUGGUAAAUCGUGCAGCUUCAUGCCUCUCAUACCAGGAAGGGUGAGGGCCUAUACUUCUACGGAGAUCCUCUGUCUUCACUUUCAAGAACAUAAUGAUGGCAAAGUUGACAGUGAAAGAGGAUUUCAAUAGAGUAUCUUAACCCGCCUCAAGGAUGCUAUUCCUAAGCAGCCACUAUGUGAUGGCCACUUAACUCUCUUACCUCAAGGAAGUGUAGUGCCAUACUCUUGCUUUUCCUGCUGAAUGUGUCCGAAGCCUGCUCCAUCCCAUUUCUGUAGUUGCAGUAGUUCAACAGUUCAGCCCGGGAAGAUGGGAUAGAAAAGCUUCAGAAGGGCGGGGAUGUGUCAGGAUUGACGCUUCAGCCCAGUCCUGCUUCGCGCGGGUGUGCCGCGUGCCGGUCGGUGCCGUCAAGCCAGUCUGCCUUGCGCAGCGAGUAGAGCUCGCGCUGCGUGGGUGGGUAAGCCGAGUGUGCUCAGUGCGGGCGAGUGUCUCCGCGUGGGUGUGUUGCGCGAUUGCGCGGGCGCAAGGCUAGGCGCGCAACCGAGUCGAGCCCGAGCUGCGAGGCUGAAUCUCCGCCGCGCGGAUAUUUCUGCACUGCGCGAGCCAGUGAGCAGCCCAUCCCCGCGUGUGUGUUGUGCUAGCGAGUCUGCGCCGCGUGGGCGAGUCUGCGCUGCGUGAGUGCGGCCGCGUUGCGUGCGUGAGUUUGCGCAGCGCGAGCGAUGCCGCCCCGCGCGAGUGGGUCUGUCUGGGUCGAGAAGCUUGCGCGGCGCGGGUGAGUCUGCGCUCCGUUGGCUGGUUCACGUUGUACGCCGUGAGCGAGUGGCGCUGUGUAGUGUCGCGUGAGUAUAUCUGCGCCACGCGUGUGGGUUUGUGACUUGUUAAGACGCGUGGGGAAGUCUUCGCUUCUAUUGCCCUGCGUGAGUGAGAGCGCCUGCGCCGUGCGAACAGCGAGUAGCGCCGGUCGAGCUUGUGUUGCGCGAGGGCGUCUGUGUUGUGCGACCGGGGGGGAGCGAGUCUGCCUUGUGUGGCCGGGUGAGUCAGUGGGGGGGUCCAUCGCACCUGCGUUGCGCGAGCGUGUCUGUCGGUCUGCUCUGCGUAGUCCAGUCUCUCUGUGCUGCGUAUGCCUGGCCAGUCUGCUCGCCGCGCUCGCUGGGGAUUGCGGCUCUGCGUUGUGCUGCGCCCGCCAUCUAUCUCAGGCGGGGAGAGUCGAGUACAUAGAUAUGAUAGAUACCGCCGUUGUCGACAGAUGGUUCUCCCGCUUGAGGUUGAGAUGGCUUAUCGCUUAACCAAGUCUGGCUGGAGCUCUUGCUGAAGUCGCCAUCGCUCAGCCAUGAACGCCUAAUAAUUUAGAGCUGGCUUACCCACGCGUCGUUCCCGGGUCAAUUAUAGAAUGUGUGCCCUCACUCUAACAUUGGAUCGGGGCGCGCCCUCUGUUGAUGAACUGAUGGACCGGCUUGAGGAGGCGGGCUUCGACAAAUUCGUGCAGAAGCUAAGGCUAGCGCACAAGCACUUCCCUGCGACACCAUGUGCGACCCUUGGCUCUCUCUACCUCUUUCUCUACAUCUUCAGAACGAAGGAGCGCACAAGGGUCAUGGUAUCGAGGAAGGCGCGACCGUGGUAGCGCUAAUUUUGGCUGUGGCGGAGACGGUGGGGCUCGUGGGUCUAAGCGGCUUGGAGUCUGUCGUCUCAACAUUGAUGAACGCAACCUUGCUUGCGUCAGCUGCUCUGGUGAACACGACCGUAAUCGCGUCCGAAGCUGGUGGGCCGAGUUCCUUAUGGGCUAUCGACAACCGUGCGAGUUCUUUCAAUAUUUGAUAGGGGCUAUCGCUCGUUCUAGUAUGAUUGAUGGUAGUCGUUUUGCUAUACUGAUCCGGACGAUUCCUCUGGCGUAUCAUUCAUCAGGGACAGACAAGACUCUACUUAGAAUGAGAUGGUUGGAUGCAACUGGGAUCAUUUCGUGAGCCUCUGAGCACCAUUCACUCUAAACGGAGGAAAGCCCAUUUGUGUUCCCCUUUGUCAGUUUCAAGAAAGAAGAAAAUGCUAACCGGGUGACAUGCCAUCGUCUUACUCCUGUCGCCCAUUGAGUCGCCCUGUUAAUGAUAGAUAUUUAUUUGCUUCAUUUGUUAUCGAUGUUGUCCGUACUUGUUACGACGUUCUUUGUGCCUCAGUUUCUGAGGAAGGAUCUCCAGGUGCCACAAGGGCCUUGUCCAACUAGAGGCCCUUGCUCCGCUACAAGGUUGCGCGGUAGCUCUAAUGAACGCGGCCGCGUCAAGCUUUCAGCAGAUGGACGCGCUAUUACGAGUAGUGUCUAGGUGUGCAAUUCGUGUCCAUCAGUGGCAGCGCAGUCGCAAUAUAUUUAUAAAUACGUGCUUGGACGAAGAUAACUCGCAGCAUUCCGAAUCUUUCCAGGGCUACUUUAUUGUCUAGAAAAUAGCUACGCUCACCUUCGUUCUUCCAAGUGAAAAAACGCAGCGACAGUAAUACGAAUACACGAAGACAGUUUUUGAGCCGGUCACAUUUUUCUUUUUGCUUUAGUUGGCUGCUCAAUUGACUGCGAACUUGCUAUGGCUGUGGUAGUAGUCGUCGUCUAGUGAGCCGGGGCCCUUCCCCUUGCAGUGCUACCACAGUCCUUACCGUAGUACACUGCGAGCGCCUUUCUCGUUGUCCUUUCACUAGAGAAGGGCCACGGGGGCUGAAGCAGUCUCGAGCAUGCGCGUAUUAGUAUGAAAGGGCCCUGGUAUGUAACUGGCUCAGACCUCUCCUACCCAGUCACCACCUGCACCUUUAGGGCCUCUCUUGUUUUGCUAUCUCAAGCUACCGCCUUGGGGGCUGAAUCUUUGAAGGAAACACAAGAAAAAUGGCCACACGAUUUACGGGGCGAAGCUUCUUCGCUGAAGUUGCAAGGAAGCUACUCACUUUAUCAACAUGAGAAGACAGGCCUCGAAGGUUCUAAGACAGCUACAAGACUGCUCCAGCUUGGUGGCCUCUCCAGUGACUGAAGCAGAAACGAAGAGCGCCGAACCCCCUGCACAGAUACAGGACGCCUUUUGUCUUCUAAAGAAGAGUCGCUCCUUAAAUUCUAAGGCGCUCGAGCUUGCUUGAGUUGGGUGACGCGUUCGGGCCAAUUUACUGACACGGCUGGCCGGAGCCCGGCCAGCUUGAGGCAGGAACCACCCUAGUCCGGGUGGGCCCGCCCAGCUCGUCGCACCACCACCCACUCAAACCCGCUGGAGACUAUCCGCCCCAACUCGCGCUGGCCUCUCACUUUGCUGCGUGUGUUAUGCAGAGUGAUUUGGUGGAAAGGCGAAGAAGUGUGGUCUUAGAUCAGAGCUGCCAUGGUGGGUCAGCUUUAGCCCUUGGGCAGCUGUGCUGAGGCGCUUGACUCGGCUAUGCUGAGAAAAUUACGCGGCGCUUCACAAUGGGGGGCCACUGCUAUCGCCACUGGGCUGGCCAGCGUUUCCCCACCUCCAGUGGUCAGCCGCACGCAGUGGCCUUCAGAAGGGCGCUCUCGUUUGGGUUCGUUUUUGUUUGAUGGCGACCGGUCGCCCAGAAUAGUGGCUCCUCUUGAGGGGUCUCUUGUCUCGAUGCUGAGUGGCCUCGCAGCACUCUGUUGCGCGGCCGGCCAGCACUGUGCUGCGUGCUUUUUUUUGCAAGUCGGCGACCCGUAGGCGUGCUGGGCGACCUUAUUCGCGGGCAAUUCUCUUUUGUCACAUGGAGCCCAAAAAGUGUCGCCGGCUUCCGGUUUUGGCAAAAAGUUUUCCGCCUGUGAUUGAGUAUAAGCCUUGUAGCCGAUUUCUGCGAGGCUGCUCUUUCGGUGUGUUUUCAGGAUGGAGCGCACGCACCCACUUUGUUUCCCUGUGUUGCGCUCGCCAUUCUACUCUCACUCACGUUGGCACACAUAGCGGAAAACGAGCGCUAACCCACGGCUGGGCCUGCCCCGGUCUCGGCUUGCUAAAGCCAGGCCCAUCGACCCACCCCAAGCAAUGAACUGCCACCCAUGCUUGGGAACCGACCUCGACCCAUUUCAACCAAGGCCAGUUUAGUUAUCUCUAUGCACCUCCAUGCUGCCCAUGCAGUACUACCCACCUGUGCCGGCCAUGGGCUUAAAAUAGAAUAUCCCACGACCCAGUCGACCACCGGCUCCCACCCACUUCGGGCCCCCGCGUCCACCGCAACGGACCCACCGCGGCCAGCCUACUGCAAUCAACCCGCCGCAAGCUGCAACCGACCCACCCACCCACCGCAACCAACCCACGUGGCCUCGUCUCACACGCCUCAACGUAUCUCAACCAACACACGGCGGCCCUGACUGACCCCCGACCCACCUCGGCACGACACACACUUCUGACCACCCACCUGGACCCACCCCCGGCACGCCUCGGCCCAUAACCUCGCUCAGCGAACCCACCGCAGCCAAGGCGCCCACCCCAUGCAACGAGCCUCAGCGCUUGAUUGAAGCUUGCUCGAAGCCUUCUGGGCCCCCCAUGCCUGCCUGAUUCUUAUUACUUGGCAUGAAGAUAGCCAAAGCCAGCCCCACGCUACGGCGCCUCCCCAGGCUAGGCUAGGCACAGCGGCAGCAAAUUGUUACCUGCGCUUUUGAAUGCGCCGCCGCCGCAUGCUUUCGCUGGUCAGUUUCUUUUCCUCGGAGGGAUGACCCGCGUGAGCUGGUUUGUCUGUGAUCGAGGAGCGCAAUAAAGUUAAAGGGCGGCCAAGGAGGUGAGCUGCCUUUGCUUGAUCGCUCUUUCUUGAUCAUGCAUCUUCUGGCCCCUUGUCAUGUUUGUCGAAAAAGCUUGCAGCCAGAAGACGUGCCUCCUCGCCCCAAGAAUGCGGCGCCGCCAUUGGGGCACGCGUUGAUGUUCAUUGAAUUCUUGGGCAGUACUCUUGCAGAGCCGAGGGGACGCGGCAUCCGCGUGGGCCAUCAGGAUUCGGGAAUUAUUCAAGUGACUAGCUCUAACAGUAGGCGUAGGCCCCGGCCAACUCGUAAACCAAAGUCCAAGCGCUCGGGAAGCGCAAGCGGGAGGCUUGUUGAGUAUCUAUUGUUUCAUUAGUGGGAUCCCCUUUUCCUCUUUUUUCUCGCUCCUGAUCUGAUGAUCAAGCCAUCUUUAACUCUUCUCAUAGUAGUUCGUUAUUGUGAUAAGCAACUACCACAGAUCCUAGAUUUGUUUGCUCGUGCCUUGAUUAGUGGGCUUCUGCGUGUACUAGCGAUGCCAGUUUGGAUCUUCGGGUUUGCAGUAUUCAUAAUGGCUGGAUGCCUAUCUGGGCCCCCGUUCUGUGGUUUUCAGGCUGGAGCAAGGAGGGCCGACGCAAACUAAAACUUGGCACGCUUUCUCCACAAGUUGUGCUUCUGCACUACUCCCCAGUGCCAGGUGAAGGCCCCCUGGGCGACGUCGCAGAAAGUGUUUUUUUUGCGCAGAGGAGGUUUCUCAUAUCCUAGUGUCGCGCCAGUUGGGCCUUAUUGUUCCGCGCUCGUUCUCCGGCUUGCUUUCGUGUUCUCCGUUGUGUAUUCGUCGCUUUAUGUUUGUUUUUGAGGGGGGUCAAAAAAAAUGAACACGAGGAGAAAAAUUCCAAAAACAAGAAUUUUGGACGAAGGGGCAAAAAGUAGAUUUUUGAACGUGCAGGCGCGGGGCAGCUUGCGUCUUGCAAGUCGUGCCGCACGAACUAAGUUGCGGAAGCGCGCCGCCAGGUGAGUCAGUCUAGUCUGCCGCUGCGGGAGCGAGUCGUCUGCGCUGCGCGAGCGAGUCGUCUACUGCGCUGCGUGCGCGCUGCGCGGGCUGGUGCGCUGCGCGAGCGAGCGAGUCUGAGCCUGCUGCGCGAGCGAGUCUGCACUGCGCGGACUGGUCUGCGCUGCCCGAGCGAGUCCGCGCCGCGCGAGCGGGGGCGAGUCUCUCUGCGCCGCGCGAGUGAGUCGGCGUCGCGUGCUCGAACGCGUCUGCGCUGCGUGCUCGAGUGUGUCUGCGCUGCGCGAGCGUGUCGGCGCUGCGUGGGUGAGCCUGUGCCGCGCGCAUGAGUCUGGCCUACGUGGUGUGCGUGGUGUGGGCGAGGGAGUGGGCCAGGCUUGCGCGGCGUGGGGGAGUGAGUCUGCGCUGCGUGAGGGAGCGAGGCAGCGCUGCGCGAGUGAGUCUGUGUUGGCUGCUCGAGCAAGUCAGCGCCGCGCGCGUGGUUCUGCGCUGCGCGAGCAGGUCUGUCGGCGUUGCGCGAGCAGGUCAGGCGAGUCUGCGCUGCAGGAGUGCGGCUGCGUUGCGCGGGUGGGUUUGCGCUGCGCGUGUGAGUCUUGUCUCGUCUGGGAUGCGCGGCUGGGUGGAGGAAUUGCUCGGCGCGACCGAGCGGGGCUGUGCUGCGCGGACGGAAUUUCGCGAGGCAGGUGAGACUGUGCUGCGCGGGUGUGGUGAGGCUGCGUUGUUUGCGUGAGCACAACUGCGCGGGUGGGCGAGGCCGUGCUGCGCGAUCGGGGCCGCGUUGUGUUAGCGGGGCUUCGUUGUGCAGGCGGGACUCUGCGGCAAGCCGCGCUCGCUGCGCUGCUUGCCGCGUGACUUGCUGCGCGAGCGAGCGAGCUUGCGACUGCUGCGUGGGUGAGUCUGUAUUGCGUGGACUUGUCUGCGCUGCGCGGACUGGUCUGCGCUGCGCGAGCUGGGCUGCGCUGCGCGAGCCGGUCUGCGCGGCGCGAGCAAGUCCGCGCUGCGCGAGUGGGCCUGCGCUGCGCUGCGCGGGUGAGUCUGCGCUGCCCGAGCGAGAACGAGUCUGCGCCGCGCGAGUGUGUCUGCGCUGCGCGAGCGUGUCGGCGCUGCGUGGGCGAGCUUGCGCCGCGUGCAUGAGGUGAGCCUGGACGGCGUGGCGUGCGCGGGGGAGUGGGUCAGGCUUGCGCGGCGUGGGGGAGUGAGUCUGCGCUGCGUGGGGGAGCGAGUCAGCCCAGCGCUGCGCGACUGAUUCUGCGUUGGCUGCUCGAGCAAGUCAGCGCCGCGCGCGUGGAUCUGCGCUGCGCGAGCAGGUCUGUCGGCGUUGCGCGAGCAGGUCAGGCCGGCGCUGCGCGAGCGAUUUUGCGCUGCGUGAGGGAGUGAGCCUGCGCUGCGCGGGGGGGCGAGUCUGCGAUGCAGGAGUGACGCUCGCUGCGUUGCGCGGGUGGGUCUGCGCUGCGGGUGCGGGUGGGUUUGCGCUGCGCGUGUGAGUCUUGUCUUGUCUUGUCUGGGAUGCGCGGCUUGGUGGAGGAAUUGCUCGGCGCGACCGAGCGGGACUACGCUGCGCGGGCGGAAUGUCGCGAGGCAGGUGAGACUGUACUGCGCGGGUGUGGUGAGGCUGCGUUGUUUGCGGGAGCAAAACUGCGCGGAUGAGCGAGGCCGUGCUGCGCGACCGGAGCCGCGUUGUGCUAGCGGGCCUGCGUUGUGCAGGCGGGACUUUGCGACAAGCCGCGCUCGCUGCGCUGGUGGGGCUGCUGCACUGCGCCAGCGGGGCUGUGUUGUGGGGGCGGGGCUGUGUGUGAGGGUGGCUGAGCUCUGUGAGCGGAGCUGAGCUCAGCUCGCACUGCGCGACGUGAGCGGAGCGCGGCUGCUGUCAUCAAAAAGCAAAAAAUAUAUUUUCCAAGAAUCUGACUUUUGGGGUCAAAAAGCAAAUUUUUGAGCUUUUUCUCGAUGUUUUCGGAAAAAGUCUGUAGGUUUUUCUUUUGUUGAUUCGACAAGUGUGGCACUGAAUAGGGGCCGUGCUCGGUAGUAUCUAAAUUGUUCGCUUUGUCCUUUGUUUCUUGUGCUUCGGCGAUCAGUAGACAGUACAGACGAGAGAUGGUCGCAUCUCGCGGGAGGGUUCGCUAGCUCGGUUUGUUUGUUUUGUGGUCGACCAAAAAAGAGCAAAAGGAGAGGCAGGCGAUCUGCUUCUUUGUUUCAUUGCUGAUGAGAAGAAAAUGGGAGAACGCCAAAACGAUUCUAUCGCCUCGCGUGCCACUUGAUGGAGAGCGUGGGUUUAGGCGUGUGAGUCUUCUUGUCAUCUUUCCCGGCUCAAGGCCGCAAAAGAGUGAAAGUGUUAGCAGUGCAACCUGAUGGGACUUGAGUUCCAUGAGAGAUCCCUCGUUCCUCUUCAGUGCUGAGAAUGAGCAGCGCGAUCAAAUGCUUCUUGUGAAGCAUCGGAUGGCCCUUGGUCAGAGUGUGUUUUCCAUGAUAGAAGGGCCUCUUAGUCGGUUUUGGUCUAGUGGCGCGAGCCCGGCCUCAAUUGAUUCGCACCACUAUCAACACUGUCAAGCAUUUGCUUUUUGCUCUUUCUUUCGUGUCGCCUAGGUUCUUGCAGGAUUUCCCACACAUCCAGGCCCAAAAGCCAAAAAAUAAUCUUACAUACUUCCGCUCCAAAAUCAAACUUUUGGUGCGUUCUCUGUCCGGAUGUCCCUAACAAUUCGCUUCCCGCAGUUCCUCCGGGGUUGUUCCCCUGGUUUUGCUCUAGUUUUUUCAUCUUGCAGCUGCUGCCACCUUGCUGCUUUCUUAUGUCGUUUCUACUACUUCCAAGCCACGUCGGAGCCCAUUGCCUUGGCCUGGGUCAUGAUGGGGCAGAGAGUCUGCACCCCCGACGGGUCUAGGGCAGUUCGCUGUUUUAAGCGCCCCGAAAUUCUUCGGCGUGGCUAUUAAUUUAGAGGCGCUUGCCAGGGAGUUUGCGUUUGUGAAUGGCCGGGUGGCGCGUGGGGUGAUGGCCAAUUGCUCGGGGCUUUCUGCUGGGCUGAAGGCAGUGGGGGAGGCUUGGUAACAAGGACUGGCAACUGAAUGGGGCCUGUCUGAACAUUCCCGGGGGCCUUUUCAUGUCGGUGGCGCUGCGCUUUAACUGAGGGCGCCUGGGCCAGCAGUGGACGGGCGUUGGCGGGUGGCGCUCCAAGCUCUCCAGGCUUUUUCUGAACGCCAUCCAACGCGAGCGCGGGAGACAUCGGCCCAGGGGUGACGCUUCGGGGAAGCUCCCUCGGCCUUGGCCCAGCGCGGGGCCCUUGCGUGGUGUUUAGGGAGCAAGCAUAUAGAGUGCUGCCGGGUUUUGGCUGAUUACCUUGAAGAGGGAGAGCGCCAGCAAAGAGAGGAGAGGGGGCGGGCACUUGACUCAGCGGAGGAGCUUGCUGGGGGUGAGAGUGGGAAGGAGCGGCAGGGGAGGGGACACGAAGAGGAAGAAGCCGAAAGGGCUGAAGAACUGGGGGAAAUACAUAGAAAGAAGCGAAAGAGCGAGAGGGGGCGGGGUGCCACUUGUUAGCUGAUGGAGAAUGAAACAGGAAAGGGGAGGAAGGCAACAAAGGACGGGGCAAAAAGAGGAGAAGCCCUCGUGGGGAGAGGGGAAGGGGAAAGGCGAGGGGGAGACAGCGAAGAGGAAAACAAGCGAGAAAAAAAGAAGAAACUCCGAGCGGAGUCGGGUGGAGUGUGGCCCAGAGGGGAUGGGCCGCUUUGUAAAAGCUUGGAAAAGUUACUCGAGCCAGGGCAAAAGCUUUGCAGGAGUCAGCUGGGGAAGAGUUGGGUCGAGCUUGGUAGAAGCUGGACAAAGCUGGGCAAAAUUGGUUAGAAAGUGCCGGGCAGACGCGCCCCCGGCUAGAGUUGGGGCCAGGUUUUGGCAAAAAAGGCUGGCCUUCUGGGAUCGCGGGCUGCUUGUCUUGAACUUUUUCCCUCCGCUUAGCUUCGGCGCCUUUAUUUGCCCGCCCUCGUGUCGUGCUGGUCGCCGGGGCGUUUGUGAGUGACUGAGCGCGGCCAAGGGUCUGCGGCUUUGGUCUUAAACCUUCUAGCGAGUGCCUGACGACAGGUCUCGGCCUUGGAUUAGAGUAAAAAAAAGCCUGGUCGCUUUUUUGGUCGUUUUUUUCCUACUCUGCUGCGGUGCUUUUUGCUCGACCCGGGGCUCGAAGCGUAGUGGCUUGUGUCUAUCGGGGGGAGCGUUGGUGGGAGUGCUUAGGGCUACCGACGAAGGCCGGCGGUUUUCGGGUGUCUGUGGUGCUCUGGUCUUCUAGGCGCCCGCGUGUUGCUUUUCAAUGGGUUGGGCGUGCUUGUGUCUGCUUUCUGUGGUUAUUUUGCUGCUUUCCCCUGAUCUGCGGACGCGGUCGACGGAGGGGCCAGGGGUGUCUUUUGGCGUUGUUGUUUCUUCGUGCGGUGCCCACACUAACUGGCGACCAACGUGGUGUGGCGAUUGUUGCGGCCUCAGUCUAGCGUGGAAGUGCUUGGCCUCCAAUUCGAAGAGGCGUGGAGCGAUGUAGGAGCCGCGUUCGAUCGUUGUGCGGGUGUGCGCUGACCAGGGCGCGGCCUGGUGAGAAAAGUGCCUAAAAAGUCCCAGCAACAUGCCAGCAAAGUGGCGCCAAAUUUUGCCACUUUUCCCGCCGUGGUUUUUUUUGUGGUGGUGGUUGGUGUGGUCUUCGGGUUGUUCUUGCAGAUUGCUCGGGGCUUGUGGUGGGCCGGGUGUGGUUGUCACCGUUUCGCAUGUGGGUGGGGCGUGUUCGCCUCGGGAAUUGCCCCCGCCUGAGUGGGGUGGCAGCAGCUCUAGCGCAUAGGCCCCCGGCCGUUCGUCGUUUCGUCACUUAGUAGCUCGGCACCGGUGACACGCCCCAAGCGGCGCGGGAGCAGACGCACCCAUGUCGGGGGGCUUCUUUUGCGGGUUUCUCUGGGUGUUCAAUCCGCAGAAGUGAAGCCCUGGCGCCACAGGCCCUCCCUUGUGGUCGAUGUGUCAUUUUGUGGCGCCGGUUCUUGGCUUCGUUGGGGUGUUCGUGGGGUGGUCUGUAGACGACCCGUAGGCGCCUCCGCCGACUGCAAAAAUAACCCCAGAAAAGGCCCCCGCUACAGGCCUGAAACGGGCCCGCAAAGUUUCAGAAACGGCCCGCAAAAAUCCCGGAAAAGUGCCCCGCAAGCUCGGUGCAGGGCCUUUUUCUUCAGAGGUUUGGGCUCGUUUCUGUUUCUUUGCGGGCCGUUUCUGGCCCCUCUUUUCGCGCGUUUCUGCGCGUUUCUGAUUUUUUGCGCGCCCUUUGUUUUGGCUGUUUCUGAGGGUGUUGCAGGUCGGGCCGGUUUUUUUGCUGGCACUUUGCAGGGACUUUUCUGGCAUUUUGCUGGGGCUUUUCUGUGGUCUCUUGUGGCCCCCGUGAGGUGUUGCGGCUCAUUGGGUCGAGGUAUUGAUUGACGAGACGGGCGCACGCAGAUGGGCCACCGAGGUCUUGCGCAUGGGGUCCACCCGCUGGGGUUCGGGGGUGUUGCGCCCCCGAUGGUGCCUGGGGUUGUUGGUGGGUUUUUUGUGCUGGGCUCUUGCCGUGUUUUUUGCUCGUUUUUCAUCCGGAUGGCUUGAAGCCGGAGGCAGGUCUGUCCUGCCUCUGUUUUUCGGCUAUUUGCAGGGCAUUUCUGCACGGGGAGGGAUUUUGGGGGGGUCGUUUGCUCGCCGUGUCGGCGCAGAGUCUGCCUUAUCUUUGCGAGGUUACCGGCUCCCUCUAGUUUGUUGGUGGGUUCGUCUUUUGGGGCGCGCCUCGAGGAGCCCGCCCCCGUCUGCCCUCAGUCUUGGCAGCGUGUGUGGGGACGUAUUCGUGGGGUUUUGCUGCUUAGGGAAAGGGUAGGCUGUGGCUGCUUGUUGAGGCUUCGGGCGGGGCGUUCAGUCUCUCGCCGUUCGUCUGAGGGUUCUAUUUGGGUUGGGGGUUGUGGUCUAUUUGGGGGUGAAGGGCUGCUUCUUCGGGGUCUAUUUUGGUUCUAUUUGGGACAUUUUUUGUUUUUUUUUUUCGGUUUUCCAGUCCCGUUUUGGACUUGGAAAAAAGUCUACUUAAAAGGCUAUUUGGGGUCUAUUUGGUUUCUUAGGCUAUAUUAAACAAAAUCGGCCGAGUUGUAAAAUUCGGCCGUGGCUUGGCCGCUGACCAGAUAGAUUCCCAGAGAGCGACCUGAAAGUGAGAAACUUCGAAAGCUUUUCGAAAUGGGAUAGACCAUCUGCAGGUCUCGGGGAUGGUGGUCGGGCGGUCGCUCGUCUGACGGUUUGAUCUGGCAAAUACAUAGCCGGACGUCUCACGUCUGGGCAUCCGGUGGCGCAGUUGUGUUGGGUCUCGGCUUUUGUGAGGUUCGGCGCUCAGCGUGGGUGGUUUGCUGAGCAGUCUCGGCUCGAGGACCUCCAAACGCUCUCGCGGGCGUUGUGGUGGUUGUUCCGGGCAUGCUUGUCGCCCCUUCGGGUCUAUUCGUAAAGGGUUGUGGCAUGGGAGCCCCUCGCGUGUUCAUCAGGGGGCGCCGGUGGUUGCCGUGUGUCUGCCCUCGGUGUUGUCUCUGGUUAGAGCAGGUGGAGCGAAGCGCCCACCAAAUGGCCCCGCUAUUGGCCGAAAAAUAGUUGGCAACUAGUCAGCUGGGGUGCUUCCUUCGGUGGAUCCGGAUGGCGUUUUUUCUUGGUGGUGUUGUGGGGCGCUCGGGUUGUCGUUCUUUCUUCUUUUUUGUUCACGGAGCAACGCAUCGCCGCGGUAUUGUUAGUCUUUUCCCCGUGGUGGUUUGAGCUUUCUUUUUGUUUCAGUGUUCGCGGGUGCCGUUGUGUCGGGUCGUUUUCUGUCGCUGAGUCUUCUCCGGGGGUUUUUGCAAGAAUUUUGCUCUUUUGGGCUUCAUUGGGUGGCGCCCUAGUCAAUGUGCGUAGUGUCUGGGCCGGUGGCUCUUCUAUCUAAAGCAGUGACGUCGAAAAACCGGCCUAGAGUUAAUAUUUCUGGCCAUUUUUUAUUUUUUUGGAAAGGCCCAUCCUCUUGCACUCACGGCAGGAGGCCUGAGAGUUGAUCGCGGCGACGUGUGUGUCUCGGUGUUGGACGAAAAGGCGAAACGCACAUUCGUGGAUGGGCUUUAUGAUUAUGUUGCUUUACAUCCUCUUUGAGGUCGUUCCAGUCCGUCCCUCUUAUUCCCGGUGUGUAGUGCAGGUCAAGUCAACACUCAUUGCAAGUAUAUGCCAAUAACGUUCAUUCAUCUUGUUGUUGUUCACAUACACGGGGAGGUAGGGAAGCACUGGCGGCAUUUCGCGCCAGCAUUGGGACGGAAAGGCUGCGCAACUUUAUAACUUUUUACAACUUGCCCUAAGCGUGCGAAGGGUGGCUCUGCUCAUGACGGACUACAAGCGUGACCGCGCCACGCCGGAAGACCAGUUGAUUCACCAAUAUUCGCAACGGCACCGAGCUUUCGAGAUUAUGGGAGAUCUUUUUAACGAAUCAAAGUGGCGCCGCGCCUUGGAUGUUGCUGCCAGGGAAGGUGGCCUGGCAUUGACGAUCGAUCGACCUGAUGGCCCCGUGAGGUACGACGCCAAAGACUUAUCGCCAGAUGGCGCUAAAAGCCCCAACCUCCUGGAGAUUAUGGCAGGUGUUCGAUACUUUGCCGUUAACCCUUGAGCCAAGGCUAUGCGCGCUUUGUCUCGGGGGCUAUUCCGGUUUUCGCGAAAUCGAAAUAUGAAUCUUAACGAUCGCUUGCCAUAGAGGCGUAGACCUCUUGCGCCCCUAAGGCUUACGCGGUAGUCUCAAGCAAUGUAACUGGAGCAGCGGUAGAGAUAUGGAUAGCUCCAUUACCAUGGAGCCGGGGUAGGUGACUCAGCUGAAGCAGCCGUGGCAACUCGGUUGCUUCAGGUUCUCAACUAUUUGACAAUCGCUCCGCCCGAUCUUGCUCUCCGUCUCUGCGAGUUUCUCUCUUUCAUGUGUGUCCAGCCUAUAUGCACGAGCCGCCUGGUCAGUUCGCGGUCGCUGUUUUGCAAUGUGAUUUUAGCGUACAUGAAUGACAGAAGGUGGGAGCAGGACCUCAGUUGCGUGGUUGCUGACGACCAGAUCCCGUGUUUUGUGCGAGCCUGGCGCUGCGACGGCGGUGACUGCGUGACAAAAUUCAAGGAAGCUCUCUCAACAUUAUGGGAACAAUCAAAGCGGCCGGCCAUUUCACCUCCAGCCUCUCUCUGGCAGUUUUCGAUCCACCGGGCGUGAAAGUCAAGGCGAAAAAAUGUCUCGCGACUGCGUAGUAGAUACUUGCUUCAUCAGUUUCGUUGUGUUUCUAGCCUACUUAGAACGGCGCGUGCCUUUUCGUUUCACAAGAAUACGCGCCCACCGAAAGGAGACACACACACACCGCAGCACGCAAACCAGCCGACAAGAGCCGGGACGGCGCUACGCCGUGCAAACCAGCGCAAGAACCAACACCCAAGCACGGACGCCAGCACGCGCCCACAGCGAGCGCGCGCGCAAGUUGGGUGGCGGAGAGAGGGCGCUCUCGGUGCCUUGGGGGUGGGUGGUUGUCUGGGCUGGCGCCCCGUGUCGUGGUGGUUGCGCGCCGGCUCAUGCGGCCGCUUGGAAUGGGGGGAGAGCUUGAGGGCGCUCCGGACCUCCGCCACCGCUUAGGCCCUCCCCUCUGGUUUCGGUCGGCUUUUGGUGUCAGGCUCUUGUUGGUUUGCGUCUUGGCGGCUUCGGCCCCACUAGUUUGCGCGGCCCGCCUCGCCCGGUGGCUUCGGUCUUGUUGAUAAUUACGGCUCGAGUGAUUCAGACUUCGGCGGCCUUGGUCUUGGUGGUCAAAGCUUUGACGGGUCAGGCGUUGAGAAAUUCAUCGGCGAGGCAAAGGGCGAUGGGUGAAGGCUUCGGGCCCAUGGUGUUAGCCUCAAGGCUUCAGACCAUGCGAAGGCCCCAAGUCCAAAGGCUGGAAGAGAGCUCGCAUUCUUGCGACCGAAUUCAGGCCGAGCGGCACAAAAUCGAAGCGCCGCAAGACUACCGGAAAGCGCGCAAGACUAGUAGCGCGAAGCGCUUCGCGCUGUCCUUUUUUAGCCCAGCCAUGCAGCCCCCCGUGCGUAUGCUGGCAACGUUCACCACCCAAGCGAAGCGCCCAGACUGUUUUUGGUUGCUUACAUGCUGGGCCCAUUUCUACCGCUGACAUGUGUUAGCUUAUUGGCUGGCCGCGUGGGCUGUUUGCAGGCUGCUUGGCGUUAAUUCAUUGAUAAUUCAGGCCAAACCAACGGGAUAGAGCUGCCGCAGCUUCUCGGCCUAAAAAGAAAAAAGCGCCGGCCCUACGCCGGCCUCGUCUGUGUUCUUGUGUCUGUUUGUUUGUGUGUGUGUGUGCUUGUUUGUUUGUGUGUGUGUGUGCUUGUUUGUUUGUGUGUGUGUGCUUGUUUGACUUUGACUGUGUCUGUGUCUGUCUGUCUGCCUGUAUCUGUUGUCGGCGUUUUUUUUUCCUACACAGCUUACAGCCAGCAUAGUCAGACGCAUCGCCCUGCGGGGUCGAGUGGGGGCAGCUUUCUAUUUUAAAAAAGGCCGCCCUCUGCUCUGGGGGGAAGAGCUCGCAGAUAUGCGAUAUGCCUGCGUCGGCGGGCUUGCGUCAUACAUCACCAGCGUCGUCGCUUGUCUCUGACCCUGCUUGUCAGUCUUACGAAACAGAAUAAGGACAUGGCGCGGAGGUUUGUCAUCCGCCUUGCCAUUCUUUUUUUCGCUAAUGUUAAUUUCGCUAACCAAGUCGCACGGCCGGGCUUGGGGUAGCUCUCUUGGCCUGUGCUUGUCGUCUUAUUGGUCCUCUGUCAAUCACGGGAACGAGAGAAGCCGAAGGGCCCAGUCGCGUCGCCUUGUGUGUUCGCAGUCCGUCGCUUCUUGACGGGGUUCAAUGUCGCGUCGAAUUGAGUGCGCACUUCUUUCCAAGUGUGUGAGAAGCCCCAAUGAGUGAAGCCACCGAAUUUGGAUGCUGAGUGGGCAUCUGGGUCCUUUCCAUGUUGUCUCGGCUCAAGUCGAAUGAGGGCCCAAACGUCAGACACCCAUGCAUGGGAGUGAGCUUCUCUGGUUUGAGACCCCACGCGAUCCGUUUUUUUUCGUGAUCGAUGCUGAUAGCCGUCAGCAUACUUUUCUUGUGCAAGAAGCGCCGUGCUGUUCUGCAGUCUCUUUGUUGUCCAUCGCACAAAGGUAUUAGAAUUAGUGUUGCUCGAAGUCGAACCCGGUCCCGGCCACUCGCGCCACGAAUAACACUAAGAUAGAUUCCAUAGGCGGUUCUGACCUCGCGCGCAUAGUAUUUCGUCCCCUCUCUGGUAGCGCCUCUCGGGUAGGUUGUACGUAGAUGCAUAUAUCAGUCAAAAAUCAAUUAGGAUUAGGAAGUCCUGCUAUGCGAAGACUAUAACUCAUUGAUAUUGACUGAGCAGAACAGAAGUCUAAUCUCAGAAGUGAACAGCCGGGAUGAGAAUCCGUUGAAAUACCGGGAACUCUCUGAACGACUGGGAAAAAAGUGGAACGCAGUCAAAUCGCGUUCUGGAACAGCGCUCAACGACGCUGAAGAUGAGUACUAUCGAUCUUUCUGUUCUGAUUUCCUGGGCGUCAUACGUCAAAGCCGUUACUCGAUAUUCAAGCAGGAUUCUGGUAUCCUGAAGGAACGGCAAGACAAAAUCUUCGACGCGGCCACGGCCCUGCUCUGUGACAGCAGGAGUAUCGCCGCAGCGAUCACGAACGCUAUGGGCAAAGAUGAGAACCUCUAACCCGAGUAAAUCAGCCUUGAAGAUUAGUAAUCGUUCGAUUCUAGUCCAGAACGAUAUUAAUUUUAGUUCUUUGUUUCACCCUUGUUGUAUGUACUACAGCUGUUAGUCGUGUGGUGGCCCAACUGAAACAGAAAAUUCACUCAAUGAAUAGGUGCAUCAAUCAAUGUACUAGCUUCAUCCAAGUAUCCGACACCAACAACAUAACAAGAGACCUUUCCUUAGCAUUUUUUCUCUGCAAAGAUUCCUUUUUGAAGAUUUUGACACACACGACAAACAUAAAGAAGCGAAUUCAGGACCCUAGAAAGACACUGCCACACGACAGACACUCGAAGGCAUCGCCAGAAGUAGAUGCACACGUAAAUGAGGGAACUUUUCGCCAAGAAUCCUGGCCAUAAUCAACACUGCAAAUUUUUCGAUCAGACUACGUUUCACAAGAACCAAAAAAACAAAAGUUUUUCAAUCACGUUACGAAGUUAGUUUUUUAACAAAAUGAACAAAACUCGAGUUUUUCAAUCAUAGCAGGAACUUGGUGACAUUUUUCCCCUUUGGCUUAGAGAUGUGCUGCAAGUCUUGGCUGGCUUCUUCGUUUGUGUAGGGAUUAGGCUUACGUGCAGCGACGCUUAAGGCACUAAAAUAAAGCAGCCGGCUAGCUUUCCCUCUAUCCUUAGGCCUGUCCCUUCCCGCAAAGAGUUUUUCAAUCAUAUUACAUACAACUUCUACGUUGAAAAAGCAGAACAAGCAAUCCGCCAUUCGUUUCAAUCAAGAAGUGCGCCACUGAUGCUGCUGACAUACUGUCUCUACGUUGGGGGCACGAGUGGCCAUAUGGGGGACACGCGCAUGACAUGCCUCAGUCUAGCGACGUUUUCUUGUGUAGGAAAAGGAAAAGC